GUGGGAGGUUGAAUCGCCUUUGUUCUUAGUGAAAGCCACGUAGUUAUUAAAAUCCAGGUGUUUGUGUACAGUUCUUACCAGCCCUCUAAAAACCAAAGUCUGUAGCAGCAAGCAUUAAACCUGCUGUAAACAAAGAAUGACAUAACACGUAUGUACCAUAGUUACACAUUUGAUAACUUUCAUCAGCUACAAGCAUCCCAAAUCAAUACAUCUGAAGGUAUUAUGGAAGAAGGAAGCACUGUUGCAGUAUUGAUGCCAAAUGUUGGGGAACAGGAGGCUGUGCUGAUUUCUGAAACAGUCAUUGGCCCAACACUGCAGAACAGUGAAGAUCAGAGAAAAUGUAAAACUGAUCCACUAAUCCAUGUUAUCCAGAAACUAAGCAAAAUAGUUGAAAGUGAGAAGUCACAAAGAUGCUUUUUAAUAGGUAAAAAACGUUCCCAUCCUAAUGCUUCUGCACAGUCCUUUGAUGCAGAUGAUCUUUGUGAAAUCCCAGCUAAAGCAAUAGAGCUAUCUGUUAUUGCUACUAAAAAGACUGAAGAGUUACAAGCAGAUUAUUUUGUGACUGAAUGUCUUCCACAAAGCAAAAAAAAGGUGACAUGCUACCAGUGUAGUCUAUGUAAGUUUCUAUCACCUUCUCUCUUAACACUACAAGAACAUAUAAAAGAACAUGGGCAGAAAAAUGAAGUGAUAUUAAUGUGCUCAGAAUGUCAUUUUGCUUCCAAAAGCCAAGAAGAACUUGAAUCCCACUUCCAAAAUUACCAUGAGAAUGAUGGUAAAAAUAGUAUCCAGACAAAAGUGCAGCAAUGUGUAAAUGUUGCAAGUUCAUUUUUGCAAGGGCCAGUGGAAGGAAGUGUCAAAUCAGGGACUGAUCAGACAGGAAAUCUGGAAUGUAAAGAUAUAACUCAGUCUACUCAUAUGCCUGAAAUGGGUAGGAGAAAAUGGUAUACUUACGAGCAGUAUGGCAUGUACCGGUGUUUAAUUUGUCGGUAUACCUGUGGUCAGCAAAGAAUGUUGAAAACGCACGCUUGGAAACAUGCGGGUGAGGUUGAUUGCUCCUAUCCUAUCUUUGAAGAAGAAAAUGAAACGACCAACUUGUCAGAGACAGUUGUAACUCACACACCUCACAGCGUGGAUACAGUUGUUCUUUCUUUGGAAAACAAUGAACUUGAUAUCCAUAGUGAACCUUCUCUUCAACUUCAGAUUUGCAAUUCUGAGCAACUGUCAUGUAAAUCACCAGUAGGAACAAAUGUAAAAGAGGAAGAGAUGUUAAAUCAGUCUGUAGUGCAUUCUCCUACUACAGAGGUUUUAGAGGAGACUGUAUCAGAUACAGAACAGGAUAAUAUGAUAACUGAUAGCCUACUUUCAUCAGCACAGAAAAUCAUCAAUUGUAGUCCAAACAAAAAGGGUCACGUUAAUGUAAUAGUAGAGCGUUUGCCAGGUGCUGAAGAAAGUGUCUUACAAAAGCCUUUCUUGAUGAACACUGAUAUUGAAACAGAAAAAAAAUUAAUCUCAGAGGAGUCCCAUGUUACCUGUGAAGAACGUGAUGAAGUUUAUCGUUCAGAUGAAAUUGAAGAAGUAAUAAUAGGAUGGAAUAAUACUGAGAAGAGAGAUAAUGAAUUAAGCUCUAACAAAAAUGUAACAACUGAUGAAAAUGUGCCUCCUGCACGAAGAAGGACAAAUUCAGAGUCUUUACGACUACACUCAUUAGCUGCAGAAGCUCUUGUUACAAUGCCUAUCAGAGCUGCAGAACUAACAAGGUCUAGCUUCAGGACUCCGGCUGGAGAAGAUGCCGUGGAUGCAGGUGCAGGACAGGGAGAAGCUGAUGGCCCAUGCGUGGCUCAUUCUAAAGUGGUAUCCUCACUUAAGAAUCCUUCAGAGGAGUUCAGUGGCUUAAACCAAAGUGAAUGUGCAAUAGUUGAGAUACAGAAAGAAGGGCCAGAGUUAUCAGAAGCACCAAUUAAAAUGGGCAUCAGUAUGUCACUACUCACUGUCAUUGAAAAACUGAAGGAGAGGACAGAUCAGAACGCUUCUGAUGAUGACAUUUUGAAAGAAUUACAAGACAACGCACAAUGCCAAAAUGCAAAUGAUGCAAAUAUUCCUGGAAGUAACCUAGUAGAAUAUAUACCUAAUGUAGAUCGACCCUACCGCUGUCGGCUCUGCCAUUAUAGCAGUGGUAAUAAGGGCUACAUAAAACAACACUUGAGAGUCCAUCGUCAGAGGCAGCCAUACCAGUGUCCUAUCUGUGAACACAUUGCUGACAAUAGUAAGGAUUUAGAGAGCCACAUGAUCAACCACUGCAAAACAAGAAUGUAUCAGUGCAAGCAAUGUGAAGAAUCCUUUCAUUAUAAGAGUCAACUGCGAAAUCAUGAAAGAGAACAACACAGUCUUCCAGAUAUCUUUUCAACAGCUACAUCUAACAAACUAAUAGUUUCCAAUGAAGUAGAUGAAAGAGAAGGAAAUAAGUCUUCAGUUCAGAAACUGUAUAGAUGUGAUGUAUGUGACUACACAAGCACAACUUAUGUUGGUGUACGAAAUCACAGACGAAUUCAUAACUCUGAUAAGCCAUAUAGAUGUCGAGUAUGCAACUUCGCCACCACAAAUAUGAAUAGCUUGAAAUGCCAUAUGAGGCGCCACCCCCAGGAGCAUCAGGCAGUGCAGCUAAUGGAACAGUACAAAUGUUCUCUCUGUGGAUAUGUGUGUAGCCAUCCUCCAUCCCUGAAGUCUCAUAUGUGGAAACAUGCAAGUGACCAAAAUUAUAACUAUGAACAAGUGAACAAGGCUAUUAAUGAUGCGAUUUCACAAAGCAGCAGGUUUCAAGGACAGCUUCCUGACAAAACAUUAUUAGAAGGCACAGAUGAAAGUACAGUACCUACACUAGGAAGUUCAGACAACUUGGUGUCUUUUACAGAGUCUAUUAACCAGACUACAAAUGAACUUUCAGGUUCUGAUGAAAAUGAAAAACCUAACUUGAUGAAUACCUCAUGCAGUUUAGAAAAGAACUCCACUCUACCCCAUCUUGGCACAGAAUACUGUGUUCUUCUCUUCUGCUGCUGUAUUUGUGGUUUUGAGUCUACCAACAAAGAAAAUCUGCUCGAUCAUAUGAAAGAACAUGAGGGUGAAAUCAUAAACAUCAUUCUAAAUAAGGACCACAGCACAACUCAGAGCACAAACUAGGUGAAGCAGUAAGUUAAAGAGAGGAUUUCCUAGAGUGAAUAUUUUCUUUCUUUGCUAAUUUUUGCCUGAGAAACUUACUAAAGAGAAGAAUUGCAAGCAAAACUUGAUUUCCCAUCCUGAGUCCUUGUUUCAGUAGGAAUACAAUAUUUUAACCAGGGACCGAUGAAUCAUUUAGGAGAUAGAUAGAAGGAGUGGGGAAUAGAAUGAUCCCUUUAACCUGUUACUUCUCUAUAUGGUGCCAAGAAUGUAGGAUGUUGGGGGUUUUUUCUUUUAUUGUCAGGUACUAGUCAGUGAUAAUGCAUUAGUACAGUACCUUAAAACCCAAAGGUAUUAAAGUUUUGUAUCAAUUGAAAACCUUUUUUUAUUCCUCCCUCUGUUGUUUUCCAAGUAUUUUAGCAAAGAACUUUUUUCCCUCUUUUUUGAAACUGGCAACAGACGAGAUAAAAAUUUUACAAUAUGAUCUCAUAAACCCCGCUGCCUGGAUUCCGGAAGGUAGGGAGAGGGGAGGUGGGUGAGGGCAUGUGUGUGCUUGCAUGCACGCAUAAGCAUUUCAUUUUUCCCAGUCUAUUUUUAAUACCUUACAACUCCAAGUUGCCCUUCAACAGAGACGGCUAUCCUUUCUAUCGAUUUAGAGCAGCAGGUGCUUACGAGCCUAGAAGCAUUUUGCUAAUAACUAUUUGUCUGAUUGGAUCCUAACUAAAAAACUGCUGUCUUUGAAUUGAUAGCGUGUAAAAGAUCCUUUCUAAUAAUGACCUGCUGUUUCUUAAUAGUUUUCUUGACACAUUCAGCAGAACUAUGUAAAAAAAAAAAAAGCUUAUCAUAUGUCACUUUUAAUUUGUGGUGAUUGCAGUAUGUAUGAGCAAUGUUUUUUAAUGAGAACAAGAUAUUAACAGUCAUUGCCACAAAGAGAUGUAGAUUAAACCUAUGUAGAUUCCUAAAGAUGUAGGUGAGCACAAAGUGGGAUUUUGAGAAAUGCCUACAUGCUUUGAAGUUCUUUGAAAUCCCACUGGCUGUCUAAAUUUCCCAUUUGUCUGGCAAAGCUGUAACUGUAGGAAUAAUUCACUGAAAGAUAGAGUAAUCUUCCUGCAGCAAAUCGUAUUUAAAAAAAAAAAAGGAAAACAAUAUUUUAAGCAAAAACUGUAUCCAGUGACUUGUAGAAUAAAUUUUACUAGUGCAUAUAAUAUGGAUUCAUAAAGGGAAUUAGGGAUUACUUUGUUUUCUAAGAAGCACAUAGAAAUCAUUCCCUUUUAAAGCCUUUAGCUUCUAAAAUUACAGUGUUUUUUACAGUUACAGCAGUUUGCAGUAGAAGACGUUCAUCUAUGUAUCAGUUUGGAAUAUUAUUAUACUGGCUAAUUACCUGGCAACUUUGUUGAGGUUAUUUAAAAAGUUGGCUACUUAAAUUGUUUGAAAUAUACGCUUCUAUCAAGUGAAGUAGUAGCACUUCUAAAGAAGCCGUUUGGCAGACAGAUUUGAAAUUUCUAGUUCGGGCAUGUGUUUCUUCUUGUAAUGAAUGGCAGAUGCGCAGAAGCAUGCCUAGUUCCUGACAUGAGGAUGCAGUUACCUGAUUUUUAGUAGCUCAUUACUUAAAAAUGACUUACUCUUAGAAAAACAGUAUUUUAUGGUUACUUUCUUUAUACAUUUCUGCUAGCAGAAAUAAGCUACAACUGUAAAUCUAAGAGGGUGGCAUAGGUAGUGUACAGUCCAUUGCGCUAUCGCCGACCGGAAGCGGCAAACAGAAAAAGAAAACAAGUCUUGUUAAAACUUUAUGAAGCAGCACAAAAUCUGAAGGCCAGGGUGAGGGCACUAAGAUUCCAAGUAUAUUUGAUGAUUUUUGUUUUCAAGUGGUUUCCUCAAUUUGACUCGUUCUUUUGGGUUAAAUAUCUAUUAUUUUGUUUAUAAAUUACAUAGCAGAAAGUACACAUUUUACUUUACAAAUUGGUCAGGAUAUAAUGUCAGAGCAGUUUUGUGUCAGAUAUCUGAGGUAUUUUCAAUACAUACGUGAAGUAAGUAUACUUUUUUCAGUUAAAAGUUAUUUUUCAUAUUCCUAUGUUACAUUUGAAAAAGUUAUUUACAUGAUCUCAAAUUCAAUUAGAGAUAGUAAACUUCUAAUGGGAUAUUCAUACUGUCUUACUGACACCAAUAUUUUACCUUCAAUGUAGAAUUCAUGUGAAAAUAGUACAUUACCUGGAAUAUAUCUCAACUUUCUCAUUCAGAGAUCCCAUUUGUUGAAAAACUUAAAGGUACAACGAGAUCUGUAGUAAUGCUGAACUACCAGUCAGUAUUCACAGAAACAAUAUUUUGCCAUGUUGUUAUUUUUCUGUAAAGGGAUAAUUAUUUUAAAGUUGCUCAGCUAGUGAAAGAAAAAGAGGUGAAAAACUUGCAUUCAUAAGCUAAGAAGGAGAUGGCAGUGAACCAAGACCUAAAAAGCGAGUAACCUUGAAUCAAAACUAACAAUUUUGGUGUAUGUGCAAGCCACACUUGCAGCAUUAAAUGUAAUGCACCAGGACUCAUUCUAAUGGGAUUACUAAGCAGGAUGCAUCUAUUCACAGUUGUUCCUUGCCAUCUUGUUGCUUUUUUCUUUUUGACCAUGUGUUCCUAUAAAAUAGUAGAGAGUUAGUUGCCUCUAAAAACCAUUAUCAAUCCUAACAAAUGCAAACAAAUAAUUCUUUCCCAUAUGCACAGAGAUUUAUUUUUUUUUUUCACUGUCUCCAUGCUGCUUGCCAUUAGUUACCCACUCACAAUUCCCAUAGACUUUAUCAGAAGUUCUGCAUGUGAAGUAAUUAUAGACUUAGUUUUUCUGAAAGCAAAUUAUUUCUCAGGUUAUCUGCUUUAGAAAGUGUAUGGUUGGCUUGGUUGCAUGUUAUGUAAGGGUUUUUAAGCACACUUCAAAGUCACCAACACUGCGGUCUUCCCCUUUCUUUAAGCUUUUAAAAUAUUUUCGGAUCUUCUGUCACAGCACUAGCAGAUGAUCAACUAUUCACUUGCUGUUUGUUUAAAUUAGGUUUUAUUCUGUGAUACGAACUGUAACUUGCAGCUUUGUUUUAAAUGCCUAUACUUCUACUAAAGAGAAAACUUCAUUCAUACUAGACUAUACUGAUAAAUAGGUGCAUAUUUCAUCUUUCUGAUUUAUGCUUGGCCUGGAAAAAUAGAGUGGGAUUCAGUCAGAGUUAUUGUAUUUUCCUCUUCCAGAAGCACUUAUUUAAUCAUUUUAAAAAAUGUACAGUUGGUGCUCAAAGUAACAUUUGUUAAGAUAUAUUUAAUAGAAAUUUACAUUUGCAUUUGAUAUUCAUGGACAUGGGUACAUGUAUUUUUUUAAGAAAAGGUAUUGUAACACUAUGGCACUGCUUUUAUAGCCAAAGUAUGAAAAAUUUAGAAAACUGACAUGUAAAGACUGCAGUUAAUUCUGAUACUGUAUCUUAUUAAAUAGGAUGACUUUCAUUUUAUAAAAUUAUCCAGCACAUUAAGCUGCAUGCCUUAAGCUCUCUCUAGGAUUGUGUUCCUGAUAGAUGACUGUUUGGAACUAUGAAGCAAAGUCUGUAGUACUACUUUAACUACCUUCUGAAAUACUGUACAAUGUUAGAAUAAUUUAUUUUGCUUUACAGGAGUUUGUCACAUAUUGACUUUAAUAUUGUAUUUUGGUAAUAAACUUUUUUUGUUAAA